AUGCACGGCCCACGGCUGUCCUCGCGCGGCAAUUCCCGCCAUCUCCGGGCUCCUGUUGAAGGAGCUACCUUCACACAGACGGGCGAAGGGAAGCCUGGUCCACACAGCCCCGCCACGGUCGCCAUGGCAGCGCACAGAAAUCUACACAGAUUUCACAGGAGAGAGCUCGUCCGGUGCGGCUCGGCUGCCCUUCCGGCCCAGCAGCCCGAGCCCGGCUCUGAACAUCAAACUCGAGACAUGGGCUACGCGGCACCGCCAGCGCCGGUUUUUCUCUCCCAUAGCAGUCCGGACUACCUGGGCAUGGACGAAGCGGAGAAGCUAGAGUACUACCAGAGAAUAUUCGACUCGCUCAGUAAGCUCCAACAGACAUUCCUCGCCGCCCAUGCCGCCGACGUCACGAGCUCAGCAAGAUCACGUGUCCAGUGCGACACCAGCAUCCCGUUUCUUUCCGUGUUUUCUUCCCUCCUUCGGCUCCUCAAGCAGCUCGUCUUGUCGGUAUUAAGCAACCCUUUGGGACCCAUCACGGACUUCACCAACUCUUGCUAUUCGCUCCUGUGCUACUCCCUCAUCUAUCUCGCAUUAUACUGCUUCCAGGCGUUCCUUAUCUUUUGCAACCUCUGUGGCCUUCAAGGCUAUCUCACCGUAAUAUCGCAAAAGUUUAUGGAAGGAUAUGGCACUGUCUCUUGGGACGAUUCUACAAUGUUUGAGAAUAAGGCCCAUGUCAUCCAAACCGCGCGUCCGUUUCUUUCGAGCGGGCUAGACGACCGCACCGAUCCACCUCCUUCGCCCAUCGAACUCAAUUUCUGUGUUGAGGUGGCCAAGACGAUCCUGCUGAUGAGCGCGAUUCUGUACGAGCGGGAGCAAGCGUGUGUGGAGCGAGCAUUCGAGACGACCGACGAUGUCCGCUUGAGCUUGCUGAGGAGCGAGGAGAAGAUGCUCAAGGCGGCCGCAGAGUGGAACUGCCAAUUCACGUCGAUUGCUGAUUUCCAGACGGCCAAGGGCCCGUUCGUGGGCGCAUUCUUUGACCUCGAGGCCAGGCCGCACCCGUUCAUGGUCAUCGUCUUCAAGGGCACCUCGUUCCAAGACAUGAGCGAAUGGAUCGUCGACACCGCCUUAGAUCUCGAAACAUGUGCCGACCAACUAGGCGCGGGGUGUGCCCAUCAAGGCUUCUACUCCAGCCUAUUUCCAGCUCCAUCUGCGCGGGAAAAACCUUCCCCUUACCUGAGGAUUAUUGAAACCAUCAGGCGCGUGGCUUUGCAUGUCCACAACGAGGUAGGCAUCCCCAUGAACUUAUAUGUGGGAGGUCAUUCAUUAGGCGGGGCGAUUGCCUCGUUAUUUUAUGCACGACUACUCGAGUCUCCCGAAGAUUUAGGGCCCCACACCACCCUGCGCGACGCGUAUUGCUUCGGAACGCCCCGAGGAUGCGACAGUUUACUGGCCUCAAGGGUGGAAUACAACCUGGCCAAGCCGGCCAACUUGCGGCGGUCCCUGUGGCGGAUUUCGAAUCAUUCGGCGUCUGCCAAGCUGGGCGACCUCAUUGCGCAUCUUCCGCCGGGUAUGGCUGACCAAAGGUGCGCAAGAUCAGUGAUCAGAGGCGGAAGCUUGUUGUCAUACGCGGCCAUCGGCACACCAUUUGAUCUGGAGAAGUGGGCCACCUAA